CGAGCGCAGACCUUCAUCUCAGCCGCCGGUAGCGUCCAGGUGGGCGCUCUCAUCUUGUCGGCCAUUCAAAACUACCAGGAAGACUUCACCCUGCUCUUCAAGCAGGACCAGACCGCCGAGGCGGCCCUGCAGGGAGUCGUGGCCGGUACUAUGGACUUCGCGGCGAUGGACGCGCCCUAUCCGCCGGAGUGGCUCAUGGAGCGAAACGCCAUCCACCUGCCGGUUGUCGGCCAGCCGAUAGUGCCCGCCUACAACCUCGGCCCCGACACUCCACCCAAUAAUCAAACCCUGGUGCUGAGCGUGCCCGUGCUGGCGGACAUAUGGUCGGGCAACGUCGUAUUCUGGAAUGACUCGGCCAUCGCGGACCUCAACCCGGGCGUCGCUCUGCCCUUCCAGCCCAUCGUGCUCGUGUUCGCCAACGACAGGCGCGGCAGCAUCUCCGACUCGUUCGCCAGCGCCUUGGCCUACUGGAAUCCCGCGUUCGCCAUGUCGAUCUACUCCACCAACGACUCGCUGGCCAGCCGGUGGUCCCAGUUUGGCUCUAUCGCUCCACGCUCCUACGUCGUCGAACCCGGUGAACAGCAACUGGGCGCCGUUUUGGCGAUUCCCUACAGCCUCACCUACACCACGGCCGUGUUUGCUGGCCUUGCGAGCCUGCCCUACGCCCAGAUGCGAAACAAAGCUGGAGCCACGGUGAGUCCGAGCAAAGCGGCCGUACAGUCGGCGCUGGUGGAGGUGCUGGAUCGAGUGACCUCGUUGGCGCUCGUGGUGGACGUGCACAACGGCAACCUGUCCACGUCGUGGCCCGUGGUCAUGUUCAGCUUCGUCACCACGCAGAAGCACGUCAACUCUUCGGACUGCAACUGGAUCACCUACGGCCAGCAGUUGCUCGCCUGGACCCAGCUCAACGAAAAGGCCAUCAGCACCACAGAGGCGCUGGGCUUCGUGCCGCUGCCCUUGGCCUACAAACGGUUGAUCAUGGACACCUAUGGCCUGCUCUCGUGCAACGGCAAACAGACCUUUACCAGCAAGGUGGUGAUCGGCAAGGGUGACAACUUCAAGAUCGGACCCAUCUGGACUCGGGCCUACCCCUUCGACAGCAAUUUCCAGAUGACCUUCUACACCGAGACCAACGCUACCAACGCCCUGGCCGAACUCACCGCAAACAACGUCGACUUUAGCGUGAUCGACUACGACGUUGCCGAGGGCCGAUCGGCCCAAGCGAGAAGAGAAGAGAGGGUUUCCUCGCCUGAUGAGCUGAGCCUCCCGCUGGUCGCAUACGCCAUCGGAGCUGGCUACAACUGUUGGUUCGACUCAACUCAAUUGAGCAGUUACGAACUGCUGACGGCCCCCCAAUCGCUGGUGCUGAACCUUACCACGCUGGCGGACAUAUACCUGGGCACGGUGGACAGGUGGGACCACGCGGCCAUCCGCGAGCUCAACCCGACCCUGGCCCACCUCCUCCCCGCCCAGAACAUCACCGUGGUCCUGAGCACCUACGACGCUCCCGCUAUCACGCGCAUCAUGACCGAGACCCUGCGCAACGUGAGCCAAACUUUCAGAGAGCUGGUGGUGGGCACUGGUGCAUCGGUACAUUUCCCGGUGGAGGACACAGGAAGGGUGGUGCGGGUGGAUGACGUGGCAUCUGCGCUGGACCAAAGCGCGUACCGACUGGCCGUAUGGCCGCAGGAGCCCAUCCGUACGCGGCGCUACUUGGGCUUCGCCGAUCUGAUCAACGUGCGCGGCGUCCGCGUGUCGGCGUCGGCGGCGACCAUCGCCUCCAGCCUGAGCGACUACCGCGCGCUGCCCCUCACUUCCUCUCUCACCAACGGUGGCGGGCGUGACAGCUGGCCGAUGGUGAGCUACGACUACUUCGUGCUGCGCACCGCCUCGAUCGUCAACUGCUUGAAGGCGCGCUCGCUGGUUGACUACCUCUAUUGGACCCAGGCCUAUCCUGAGGCCCUUGCGCUGGCUCAAGAAAACUCGCUCACUGUUCCCGAUCAUGCCGAGGCUAAAUCCCGAUUGGCGCAAGUCAUCGCCAGCACCACUUGCGGCGGCGCGGUGGUGAGCUCGUUCGCCGCGUGCGUCAGCCAGGGCGCCGUGUGCUCCGAUCGCGGACUGUGCACCACCGACGGUUUGUGCGUGUGCGACCAGGGCUUCACCGGGAUCCACUGCGAGUACCUCAAGUCCGACAGCUCUGGUGAUUCGACUGUGGUGCUGGCGGCCGUGCUCGGCUCAGUCAUCCCGGUGGUGGUCGUGGGCCUGGUCGUGGCGCUGCUCGUGGUCGGGUUGGUGGUGUGGACGCGGUGGCGGCGGGAGAAGGAAGACGAGUGGGAGGUGGACAUGGAGGAGCUGGAGAUGGCCGAGGAGCUGGGCACGGGCGGGUUCGGCACGGUGCACAAGGCCGUGUGGAAGGGCACCGAGGUCGCGGUCAAGAUGAUGAUCACCUCCACCAACGCCGCGGCGACCAGAGAACUCGAGCGAAGCUUCAAAGAGGAGGUGCGAGUGAUGACGGCGCUGCGGCAUCCCAAUGUGGUGCUGUUCAUGGCGGCGUGCACCAAGCCGCCCAAGAUGUGCAUCGUCAUGGAGUUCAUGGCCCUCGGCUCCCUCUUCGACUUGCUGCACAACGAGCUGGUGCCGGACAUUCCAUUCAGCUUGAGGGUCAAGAUCGCCUACCAGGCGGCCAAGGGCAUGCACUUCCUCCACUCGUCGGGCAUCGUGCAUCGCGACCUCAAGUCGCUCAACCUGCUGCUCGACUCCAAGUGGAACGUCAAGGUCUCCGACUUUGGUCUCACCCAGUCCAAGGAGCAGCUCGCCCGGCAGGACCACAACAACCGCCAGGCCGAGGGCAGCCUGCACUGGAUGGCACCCGAGGUGCUCAACGAGGCACAUGAGAUCGACUUCAUGCUGGCGGACGUGUACGCGUUCGGCAUCAUCCUCUGGGAGCUCUUAACCCGCGAGCAGCCCUACUAUGGCAUGACGCCUGCGGCGAUCGCGGUGGCGGUGAUUCGCGAUCACGCGCGGCCACCUCUGCCCAAGGAAGAAGACAUGGACGCCGCCACUCCGAUCGAGUACAUUGAACUCAUGAAGAAUGCUUGGCAUGCAGAUCCCGCCAUUCGCCCGUCAUUCCUGCAAGACAUGAAAAUGCAGGAGACGAUGACGAGGCUCAGCGCAAUGGGCGAGAACGGUUCGUGGCUGUCUUCGAUGACGUCAUCCUCCACGCAGAGCUUCUCCGACCGAAUGACCGCCGUCGGCGGUUCGCACAGCAGUUCGCUCAGCCGCCGCUCGAUCUGCUCCACCUCGUCAUCGGGCGAAGGAGGCUCUCGGUCGAAGGACUCGGGCACCUUGCCCGCCGCUGCUUCGGGCGGCGUGCGCGCACCUGAGGGCGAGGUAACGAUCGUGUUCUCGGACAUCACGCGCGCCGCCUCGCUCUGGGAGUUCAACGCCGACGCCAUGCGCGACGCCACGCUGCUUCACAACGCGCUCCUGCGCGAGCUGCUCACCAAACACCGCGGCUACGAAGUCGUCUUCCUCCGGGACAGGAUCAGCGGGGAGGGGUCGUUUUGUAUGGCCUUUGCCAGCACGCUCGAUGCGGUCGAGUGGUGCAUGGCGGCCCAGCAAGCCCUACUGGACGGAGUGGAGUGGCCCAAGGCGCUGCUCGACCACCCGGGCGCCGCGGAAGAGUGGGACGACAUACACGAACGAGCGAUCUAUCGAGGGCUGCGGGUGCGGAUGGGGGUGCACGUGGGUCAGCCGCGCAUGAUCCGCGACCCGAAGACCCGGCGCGUGGAGUACAUCGGGCCGGUGGUCAACGCCGCGGCGCGCAUCACCGCCAUCACCAACGGCGGCCAGAUCGUGAUCUCGAGGGAGGCCAAGCUGAAGCUCAAGGGCAGCGCCCUGGGCGAGGAGCGCAGCCGCUACAUCAACCUGGGCAAGUUCGAGAUGCCCGACAACCCCAAAGGCUCGACGCUGUUUGAAGUGAAGACGCUAGGACUGGAAUCGCGCUUCUUUGUCGACACGGAAGUUGUCGUUGGCGGCGAUUCGGAUAGCGACGGGGGCAAUGCAGUUUCUCUGCGCUCGGUGUCGUCGAACAUUCACCGGCAGGACAGGUCGGCAGAGGCCGAGCUGCAGCUGCACGUGGGCGAGGGGCUGGCCUUCAAGGAGGACACCUUCCUCACGUCGGCCAACCUCUGUCGAUGGGUCAUUGACUUCAACGAGAUCUCCCUCGGCAAGCAGGUGGGGCUGGGGUCGUACGGGGUGGUGUUCAAGGGCAAGUGGAAGGGCGUCGACGUGGCCGUCAAGCGGUUCAUCAAGCAGCAGCUCGACGAGCGGCGCUUGCUCGAGUUCCGCGCCGAGAUGGCCUUCCUCUCCGAGCUCCACCACCCCAAUAUCGUCCUCUUCAUCGGGGCUUGUGUGAAGCGACCCAACCUGUGCAUCGUGACGGAGUUCGUCAAGCGCGGCGCGCUCAAGGAGAUCAUCGCCGACUCCUCCAUCCGCCUCCCCUGGCACCGCCGCCUCGGGCUUCUGCGCUCGGCCGCCGUCGGGCUGGCCUAUCUGCACACGCGCCAGCCGGCGGGCAUCGUGCACCGGGACGUGAAGCCGUCCAACCUGCUGGUGGACGACGAGUGGAACGUGAAGGUGGCCGACUUUGGGUUCGCGCGCAUCAAGGAGGACAACGCCACCAUGACCCGCUGUGGCACUCCCUGCUGGACCGCGCCGGAGGUGAUCAGGGGGGAGCGGUACUCGGAGAAGGCCGACGUGUACUCGUUCGGCAUCAUCGUGUGGGAGCUGGUGACGCGCAAGGCGCCCUUUGCCGGGCGCAACUUCAUGGGCGUCACGCUCGAGGUGCUCGAGGGUCGCCGCCCGACGGUGCCCGCUGACUGUCCCAAGGCCGUGGCCAAGCUCAUGAACAAGUGCUGGCACGCCUCACCGGACAAGCGGCCGAGCAUGGACCACGUGGUCGCCGCGCUCGAUGGGCUCCUCGGCGCCAGCCACACCAACGACGCGUCCGAUGCUGACGUGUAA